AUGAAAGUUGUCCUUCUCUGGAUGUUCUUCGCUUCCUUGUGUGGCACCGGUGCCGAUGAGAGCAGCGGCAGCAACGUUCCCAAGCUCGAGGAGGGAUGGCGCGGCAGGCUCAAGCGAGGUACAUCUGUCAGUGACGUGGCAAGUUGGUACACUGGACCUGGCACAGAAGCCAAAAGCAACAUCACCGGGCCACUGAAGGCUGAGACUGUUGACGCAAACUUGCGAGGUCACGAUCCAUGCUGCCCCGCAGCUGACGGAAAGUGCUACAGCUGCCAGUCCGGAGACCGCUGCUACGCUUGCAAGAGCUGCCGGACAGUUGGUUCUUCCUUUGGAGUGCCCGGUAGCACCAACGACCAAGUUUGCUACUGCUAUGCUUGUUCAGGAUCAGAUGGCAAUUGCUACAACUAUGAUUGCGGGAAUUACUGCUCGGACACAGGCUGCGUGGGAAACAUUCCCCUACCCAGUUGGCCAUUCGAGAAAAGCUAUUACCCAUGA